AUGGGGGAGUAUACUAAUAAUUUUCAGGCUCAAAGAGGUAUUAGGAAAGGAUAUCCUAUCUCUCCCUUACUCUUUAUGCUCAUUAUGGAGUACUUGACUAGACUCAUAGACAGAAUGCAGCUUGAUCCUAAUUUCAAUCACCAUCCCAAAUGUGAGAAAGUUAAAAUGACCAACCUAACUUUUGCUGAUGACAUUUUACUAUUCUGCAGAGAGGAUGCUAUAUCUGGCCAAAUGAUGCUUCAGACUAUGCAUAAAUUCUCUACCUCCACAAGUAUGGUAAUGGAUCCAAACAAAUGCAAGAUUUAUUUUGGUGGUUUAAAUUUUGAUGACAGGGUUAUUAUGAAGCAUGUUUCUGGAUUCCAAGAAGGGGACUAUCCUUUUAGAUACUUGGGAGUUCCCUUAACUACCAAGAAGCUUUAG